GGUGGGCUACCUGCAAGGCUACAAUGGCGCCCAAGAAAGGGAGGGGAGAUCAGCCAUUCGUUCCGGUUAGUAAAGACAAGCAGAGGGAGGAGGAGCUGAAGUUUUGCGGCUUUAAGUGGGUUACGAAGGGGCAGACGAUGCCGAAUUCGAAUGGCAAUUUCCUCAUGGAGUGCAAGCUGUGUGGUCAGGGUUUUCAGGGGAGCCAGACGAAAGCCGCACAGCACUUCACGAUCAAGAACAAUUGCCCCAAAAUCUCCGUGGAGCAGAUGGCGGAGAUAUGGAACAAGAAAAAGUACGGGUUCGAUCCAAGCCAUGCACGGAAGAUCAUGGACUUUCUGAAGUCUCGUGGGUUGCGAGACAACAUAUGUGGAUCGGGGAGGGAGCCGGCGGGGAAUGAGGAGUUUGAGGACAGCGAGGAGCGGAUGGCUGCCACCAUGACUGUGGAGCGGGAUGGUGCUGUUCAGGAGACAGCAGAGGCCGUAGUGGAGCAAUGGAAGGACGUGUUUGACAAGUUUGGUGUCGACAAGGUGAACGCCAUUUGUACUGAUUCCGCGUUUGCGUAUGUUGCUGCGUCCAAGCUCCUCGCCCAGGAGGAAGUCAAGUACAACCGCAUCACUUGGCUUCCGUGUGUGGUCCACGUCUGCAACUUGUUGUUGUCAGACAUCGCGAAGGAUGGGCGCGACGGGAGCCUCGGAAAGAGGGAGGACACCAUCAUCAGGGCUCGAGCUAUCGUGCGUUUCAUCGGAGAGCACGGGGCGGAUCUGAGCCUUUAUCGACGGUUCUCUGCCGCCCACCCCUCUUCCGCCUCCGCGGCGGCUGGUGGUUCGAGCUCUGCGCCACCCUCGUCUCAGCGGCGAGGCAAGGAGCUUGUGUACCCUGUGCAGACGAGGUUUGCCACCCACUACUUGAUGUUGGAGAGGCUGUUGGAUCGUCGCAGAGCGUUGGAGGCGUUGAUGAUGAGCGACGAUUGGCUGCGGACUGCAUGGAGGAGGUCCAUUUUUCUGCAGGCCAGAUGGGUGCGUCAUCAGGUGCGAUACGCGCCAUUCUGGGAGCACGUGGAGGACAUCGUGGCGCUCAUGACGCCAAUGAUGCAGUUGCUACGGCGUCUGGACAGGGGGGGUCGCGUGAUGACUCGCAUGUGGUCGUGGGGUUUUGUCAUGGUCGACAGGGUGGCGAGAGCAAGCCUUAACAGGACGUCGAAGGACGAGCUCCACAUCGUUGUUCAGGCUUGUCAGGUGCGGGUCGCUCAUUUGUUGGAGCCUGCACAUUGCACGGCCCACCUCCUCAAUCCGCGGCAGAGGAGCAUUACUUUUUUUGGAGCGGCGAGGCGUACCGACCACGAGCGGAUACUAGCAGACGAGUCGUUGCGAUACCUUCGCCAGCAGACUGGUGGUGACGAGAAUUUGUAUCAGACGUUGCGCACGCAGCUGGCGGAGUUUCAUUCUCGGGAGGGCGAUUGGACAUAUGGAGGGGCCGAAGGAGACAGGGAUGCGGCCGCCUGCAAAGGGGAGAAGGAGACGUCACAGCAUGGCGACCGAUGCAGUGGUGCAGGCAGGGGAGGCAGCGGGCCGGGUGUUGGGGGUGCAGGACGCUCAGGUGGUGCAGGGCAUGCUGGCACAGGAAAAGUAAGGCGAGAGUCUGCAUCGUCCACUCGCACUGUGCAUUGGGUUGAUGAGGAGAGGCCCGCUGAGGCAGCUGUGGUUGCUCCCUCCCCUAUGGAGGUUGCUCCCUCCCCUGCAGAGUUCGCUGCGGCGUUUGGGGAGGUUGCUCCCUCCCCUACAGAGUUCGCUGCGGCGUCUGCAGAGGGCGCAGCGGCGUCUGCGGAGGGUCCAGGCAGGUUUGCGGGUGGUAGUGGCAAUGCUGGAGAGGUUGGGAGGCCAUCUGCACAGGUGGUUGUCAGUUUCAGCGACAGCAUUUUUUAUGUUUCGUUAGGGCAUCCUCCGACACCGACAGGGGAGCGUGUCGGUGUCGAUGUGGACGCAGCGGCCACGCCCGUCAGUCAGAUACUUCGUGACAUACCUUCAUGCAGCACGGGCGACAUCAGUAGUAGCAUGUUGCAGGAGGCAGCAGAGGGGGCACCGGGUCGGUCGGGGCAGCACGAGCGUGCAACUGGGGAUGAUGGGGAGUAUCGACCUAUGCAGGAGCGGGCGACAGAGUCAGAGCAGGACAGGAUCGAACGCAAGGAGAGGAGGAGGGCGCAGGGGUUGGCUAGUCGCUGCGAGAUGACGCGGAGUGUUGCAUCAAGGGCACGUGUAGCGCGGAUGCUCGAGACCGGCGUUGAGGCAGAUGAUGCGGAGGGCGUUGAGGCAGGUGAUGCGGAUGCUCGAGACGGGCCUCGGAAUGACGCCGAGGAGAUGGGCUUGGUAUUCUUGCAUGCUCUCCCCUCACCGGACGGACCAGCCGCGUCCCCGCCGGACCCACGCAUCACUCACCUCUUGGACGAGUACGGAGACGUCUUCGAGGCUCCCACCGGAACGGUUCCGGAUCGGCCCAUACGUCACGGGAUCACUCUCGAGGUUGGCGCCAUCCCUCCGCGUGGAUGUAUCUACCGCAUGAGCGAAGAGGAACUCGAGGUGCUUCGCGCACAACUCGAUGACCUUCUCGACAAGGGCUGGAUUUGCCCUAGUUGCUCGCCAUACGGUGCACCUGUUCUCUUCGUCCGGAAGAAGAACAAAGAUCUACAGUUAUGCAUCGACUAUUGGAAACUUAAUGCACAAACUAUAAAGAACGCCGGCCCUCUCCCUCGGAUUGAUGAUCUCCUUGAGCGGUUAGGCGGCGUGACGUACUUCUCGAAGUUGGACUUGAAGUCAGGUUACCACCAGAUUGAAAUCCAGCCUCAAGAUAGGUACAAGACCGCGUUCAAAACGCGGUACGGGCAUUUUGACGUCCUCAUCUACCUCGAUGACAUCUUGGUCUAUAGCAGGACGUUGGACGAGUACAUCACACACCUUCGCGCCGUUUUGAAUCGUUUGCGACUGGCCAAGUACAAAGCGAACCGCGACAAGUGCGAGUUCGCCAAGCAAGAGCUUGAGUAUUUGGGCCACUAUGUUACGCCGAAAGACAUCUGUCCCUUAGCGGAGAAGAUCCAAGCCAUCGUGGAUUGGUCGGAACCCCGUUCGGAGUCUGCGCGUCGGGUGCACCGUAGUGUGGAGAUCGCGGCAGAAAAUGUAGGGGCCAUGUUCAGCACGAUCAUAAGGCAGAGAGAUGCGCUUAGGGACGAGGUGGACGAUCUGCAUGGAAGAAUAAACGACAUGUCAGAGAGCCUUGAGCAGGAGGGAGCGCGUAAUGUGCGCUUGCGUGAUAGGUUCGGCAAAGUGUGCAGAGAUAAUCUCCGACUGCGUCGUGAGAUGCAGCCUACAAGCAACGAUGAUGCAGAAAACCCGUCCUCAAAAGUGCCCGCAGUUGAUCGACCUGCACAGAAUAAAUCGGCAGGCGCAACGCAAGUAAAAUAUGUGUCCUUAAAAGAUAAGGCGUCUUCGUCGCAUUCGACAUUCGUUUCAUCCUAUAGUUUGUCUUCCAACAGCAGCUUGGACGAAGCACUGAGCAAUCUCCAUUUGCCAGACGCAUCAAACACGUCCUGUGACACUUUUAAAACAGCAUCCGCAUCAAGUUUGCAAGGUUCGUCUGUGGAUGACGAUAGUGAUGCAGGUAGUGGCGCGACAAAACCCCUUCGUCGCAGGAGAUGAUUAUGACUAUGUGCGUUUGCGCCUUCGUUCCAUUUGUUGGAUGGAACGUGAAGUGUACUAUGCAAUUCCAAUGUG